AUGGCCGACCACGCGAGCCCGACGACGACGACAGAGGACUUCCUGGGCCGACUGACGGAUGCGCAUUGCCACGCGAGCGACGCGUUCGAAGGCGCCGACCCGGGGCGGGCAGCGGGCGCGAUCGGCGGCCUGGCGACCGGUAAAGUGUGUGUGAUGUCCUCGUCGCUCGAGUCGCAGGCUAGGACCGCGGAUCUCGCCGGCCGGAGGCCGGCCAAAGUCGUCCCCGCUUUCGGCCUCCAUCCCUGGUUCGUGGGCGCGGUCUCGCUGGCACGGGCCGAGCCGAUCGACAAGCGGACGCACUACCGGGCGGUGCUGUGCACCAAACACGCCCCGCUCUGCUCGCCGCCCACACCGGGCGAUAGACGCGAGGACGAGGAGGCGCUUGAGCGCUGGCUCGACGGCCAUCUCCCGCUGCUGCCCACCCCGAUCCCUCUGGCCGGCUUCCUCGCCGAGCUGCGCGUCCGAUUGGCGCAGGUCCCGGGCAGCAUGGUGGGCGAGAUCGGGCUGGACAAGGCGAGCACGGUGCGCAUCCAGUCGGGCUCGGAGGGUGGGACGGGGGCCAGCAGGUACAAGGUCGCGAUCGCCCACCAGCUCGCUGUCGUCCGUGCACAGAUCGACCUCGCCGUCGAGCUCGGCCGGCCCGUCAGCCUGCACUGUGUCCAGGCCUCGAACGAGAUCCUCGGCUUGGUCGACGCCUUGGUCGCCCGCUGGGGCCGCAGGUUCACCGGCCUCGAUCCCUCCCCUUCCACGACCUCGUCGCCCGGCCGAGCAGGCCAGCUGGACCCCUCCACUCCACGCGGGAUCAACGUUUGCUGGCAUUCGCCCAGCCUCUCCGUCGACGUGCUCCGCCAGAUCCAGCGCAAGCUGCCCCAGACGGCCUACUUCUCCUUCUCCAGCCACCUCGCCAUCCUCCAUCGCCCCCGCGCCCUCCCCGGCGACGCCGCUCACUCUCCCCACGAGACGCCGGCUCUGCUCGACGGACAAUACUCCCCCCGAGCGCUCCGCGCGAUCCAGGCCACGCCCAUCGACCGCUUGCUCCUCGAGACCGACCACGCCGCCGACCCGUCGAUGAUCGACGAAAAGAUGCGCACAAUCUUCAGGGUCGUCCAGAUCGCCAGGGCUUCCGCCCCCAGUGGCCUGGGUCUUCCUUCGCUCGACCCGGCGGACUCUAACUCUCUGGCUGCGCAGAUCGAGGCGAAUUGGAAUCGCUUCUACAAGGGCGCGUGA